AUGGAUACAAGUAGUAACACUACGUCGACGACAGAGAGUGUCAAUGAUAACACUUCAACCACCUCCACAGCAACAUCCACAGCAUCUACUUCAACAACACCUGCCACAACAGAUGCAAAUAGGAAGUGGACUGAUGUGAACUAUAAGUUCUGUGAGGUCAAGGAGAAGGAGGAGGUAGAGGAGCAUGUAAUACAAAAGGAGACAUCAUGGGAAGAUGUUGACUGGGAUCACAUCAGAGAACAGAUUGCCGAAUCACUCAUCAAAGCAGAGACCGACACACUAUCCGAGCAAGAUCGUCAACAAUACGAGGAGAACGCAAUGGACUAUUGGGAUAAGUUCUAUCGAAGGAAUCAGGACAAGUUCUUCAAGGAUCGAACUUAUCUUCACAUUGAGUAUCCAGAGCUCAAUCCACUUAAUAUCAACAGAGAUCAAACUACACACUUCUUUAACUUUAUCAACAAUAAGCUGGCAGUCGAUGGAAAUGGAAACACGACAACUGGCGGCAACAGCGUAGACACCACAUUGACCAUGACCACAACCACAACCACGACCACGACAACUACAACCACUGAAUCAGAUACUUUGCAACAACAACAUAAUGGUGAUGUCAUGGAGAUGAAUACAAGAUGGUGGGAGCAUAUCAAUGAAUUGAACAAGGAGACUGCAACAAAGGUUGUUAUGGAGGUUGGUUGUGGCGCUGGCAACUCAGUGUUCCCAUUGCUCAAGCUCAACCCUGAGAAGUACUUCUACGCUUUCGACUUCUCUCCACAUGCUAUCAACCUCGUUAAGGCACAUCCACUUUACAAUGAGGACAGAGUCACUGCGUUCGUCUGCGACAUUGCCAAUGAACCAUUGCCAGUGGAUAUCAAGGAGAACUCUGUCGAUAUUAUAUUGAUGAUAUUCGUGCUGUCGGCCAUAUCGUUCGAGAGGAUGGAUCAAGUGCUGUCGACACUGUAUCGCGCACUCAAGCCUGGCGGCAUAAUAUACGUGCGAGACUAUGGCCUGUACGACAUGACACAGCUACGUUUCCUGUCCAAGAAGGGCAGGAAGAUCGAUCAGAACUUCUAUCUGCGCUCCGAUGGCACCAGGACCUACUUCUUCACCACCGACGUCUUGUCCAGUCUCUUCACCAAGGCUGGCUUCAACACAUUGGUCUCCAAGUACGACACCAGAGAGCUGCGCAAUCGCAAGAGGAUGAUAUCAAUGUAUCGUGUAUGGAUCAGAGGAAAGUUCCAGAAGCCCCUGGAUGCUGCCACUCCUGCCAUUCAGCAGUCUUAA